AUUUAGAUGUCUGCCUCCAUCGUCGUCUCAGCUCCUGGGAAGGCCCUCCUGGCCGGUGGGUAUCUGGUGUUGGAUCCAGCAUAUUCUGGGCUGGUAAUCUCAGUGUCGUCUCGCUUCUACACCGUUAUCCGUGAUGGGGGUCCUUCCGUUGGUCCGAAUGAGAUCUGCGUGCGAUCGCCUCAGUUUAUUGAUGCUACGUGGAAGUACACUGUGACCCUCAAGAAUGAUGAAGUCCUUGUUCGCGAAUCCUUGGACAGUUCUUCCAAUCGGAAUAGGUUCGUUCAUUGCGCAUUGCAACUCACCUUGAAAUUGGCGUCGGAAGGCAAUCCAAGAGCAUUCGCGGAACUUCUCUCCCAUGGCCUUGAUAUUGCUGCCAUAGCCGAUAACGAUUUUUACACACAGAAGCGGGACCCCGGAGAACCACGACUGUCAAUUGCAUCACUAUCUGAGAUGCCCCCAUUUUGUCCACUAAAUGUCACGCUAUCAGACGUCCAGAAGACUGGUAUGGGCUCGUCCGCAGCACUCAUCACUUCCAUCGUAUCAGCGCUUCUGCUCAAAUUCGGCGUAAUAUCCAAGGAGGGGUUUGCGAGGCGCGACAGCGGCGACCGUGUACUGGCGCACAACAUUGCCCAGUUAGUCCACUGCCUUGCGCAAGGUAAGGUGGGCAGCGGGUUCGAUGUCUCUGCAGCUGUUUUCGGAAGUCACGUAUACACGAGGUUCGAUCCCAGAGUAUUGGCACCCUUGAUGGACGUAACAGAGGACAUUUCAAAUUUCGCGCGCAUACCAUUGCGGCCCGUCCUAGAUCCAGGCGCAGCAGUUGACCACAACAAACCUACUUGGAACUCGAAAGUGGUACCCUUCCAGCUGCCGCCAUUAGUGAGGCUUGUACUUGCAGAUGUUGCCGGUGGAAGCAGCACGCCUUCUUUGGUAAAGAAAGUCAAUGAGUGGCGUUCGAAGAACACCGAAGAUGCAAGGCGGCUGUGGACUAGCAUCGAUCUUUCGAACAAGAAUAUGGUAGAUAGCCUCCGCGAGCUUUCUUCUUUGUACACGGCAGACACAGGAGCAUACGAAGCAGCAGUCCAGAGCCUCACCUUCCUGCCGCCCUCCCAGUGGGUGGAGGCGGAAACAUCAGAGGCGCAAAGAACGGUGACUCAAGCUUUCUAUAGGGUUUAUCAAGCUGGCCAGACCACCCGUUUUCUUAUGCGGAAGAUGGGCGAAAACGCAGGCGUGCACAUCGAACCCCCCACCCAAACCGCGCUUCUGGACGAGUCAGUAGCACAAGCAGGGGUUAUCGCUGGUGGGGUGCCGGGUGCUGGCGGUGAUGACGCCAUAUGGGUCCUGGUGCUCGAGUCAGGGGAUGCGUUGGAAACCCCCCUACAUCGCGUCGAGCAAGUCUGGCGCAAGUUCAAGCAACGCACAGUUAGCCCGCUCUUGGCGACGCAGAGCAUGGAGAUAGGUGCGCGUGUCGAAGAGCUGGCUGGCAUACGCGGGCUCGAAAGAGUUAUCACGACGGAUGAUUACGCGAGGAAGAGUCCAACCAAUUUAUUCUAGAUCGACACACGGGUAUACACAUUAUACACAUAUCUUGGCUUCCCCCUCCCGUGUCCAUGCCUUUCCCAGGGCAAGGAAUAGAGAGACUACCAUAACAACGAGCCCAAAUGCGAAGCAAGUUGCGGCUGGAAGCUUACUCCGAGAGUACCACGGUAAAGACGGGUUUGCCAGCUUCAGGUAACAUGCAGCUGGAAAAAUAAAAGCCAGGGCUGUGGCUGAAACACCGCCUGUGAUCUCCAAAGUAACGCCGAGGUCACAGGUGAUGAGAGAAACUACGAGUUCUUUCAGCUCACGAGGACAAAAAAGUCAGAACAGAGUUAAACACUUACGGAACAUGGAUGAAAUUAUG